GCGGGCGCUUCCGGUUCCGGUAGCCGAUGGCCAUGUGUAUCCGAGGCGCCUGCCAUGGCGGGGAGCCGGUUGCAGACGGUGGGGAGCGUUUUCUCGCGGACUCGGGACCUGAUUCGGGCUGGGGUGUUGAAGGAGAAGCCCCUCUGGUUUGACAUAUAUAACGCUUUUCCUCCACUGAGAGAGCCGGUCUUCCGAAGGCCCCGCCUGAGAUACGGCAAAGCCAAAGCUGCCAUCCAGGACAUCUUGUACCCCGAGGAUCGGAUUAGAGCGAAAUUUUAUUCGGCCUAUGGAUCUGGUCAGAAAGCUUUUGAUCUGUUCAAUCCAAACUUCAAGUCUACCUGUCAACAGUUUGUGGAGAAGUACAUUGAGCUACAGAAGCUUGGAGAAACAGACGAAGAGAAAUUAUUUGUGGAAACAGGAAAGGCUUUAUUGGCAGAAGGUGUCAUUUUAAGACGAGUAGGAGAAGCAAGGACUCAAAAGGCAGGUAGUCACGUUUCCUGGGAAUCUGAACCUUCGGAUGUGAAAUCCCAAACAGUGUUGGAAAACAACAAGCCUCUGCCGGAAGCUCUACAGGGCCAGCAUAUGGAGCCGUCGGAGGAACAGUCGAAAGGCUUUUACUUGUGCAUGUGGUAUGUUCCCUGGGCCAACUGUUUCUGUCUGCAGAUAAUCUUUACAUUUUGCUCUGGAACUAUCUUGAUCUUCAACUUGAGAGGCUAAGCUGACUUGUGCUUUGUAGUAAGAGUGAGAAUCUAUCACUGACGAUGGACAAAGGUCAGAACCAUAACUUUAAUUUCACAGAUUGAGUGUGCUGGAGACAGUUAGCAUAGGCCUGAACAUAGUAGUCUGCUCAGUAAGGAUUUGAGUGAAUAAGUGAUUACAUCCAGCUAAAGACUGAACUCAGAGGACCUCUCUGUAGAUACCUGGAUUGCCAAGAGGGGGCCAGCUAAUUUAGAUGCUGUUGUCCACCAGUGUUCACCUGCCUCCCUGGUGGUGUGAUGUGCUUACACGACCUUAUCAACUGUUCUGCUUUCUUCAUUUUCAUAUCUUUUACUGAACAUGUGAAAUAUUCCUUUCAGUUUGUAGCCCUUUUAUUUGUGAUCAGGCCAGUGGUUUUCAGCUACUAGUAAUAAGCUGCUUCAUAAAUUGUUUAUUUUAUGUUAUUU